AUGCCCCGUGAGAAGCAAAAAAGAGGCCGUCGGGCGGAAAAAUCGAAGCGAAAACGAGAAGAUGAAGAAGCCGAGCCCGAUUCGCCAAAACGGCAACGAACUGCAAACGAAGAAGAAAACCAAGUGAUAGCCGGAGCCGAUUACAUCCCUCUCGAUACCCGUGAUAAUGAGCAGGAGCAGGAGCAGGAGCAGGGACAUGGACAGGAGCAGGAAGAUGAUACUCCCUUCUACGGACUACUCGAUACCGAGGAGCAAGAGUAUUUCUCGAAAGCAAGUCAGACAUUGGAGCUCAACUCGUUUGAGGAUGACGAUGAUAAACGACUAUUCAUUGAAAGUGUCUACGAGGAAGCCAAGGGGAAGGAAUUGAAAAUUGCCUGCAGUCAGUCAUGCUCUAGACUCAUGGAAAAAUUGAUUGGGAUGUCGACUCCAGUACAAGUAAAGGCCCUAUUCGAGAAGUUUACGGGUCACUUUCUACACCUUGUCCAGCACCGCUUUGCUAGCCAUUGUUGCGAGUGCCUGUUUAUUCGUGCCGCUCCCAUUGUGACCUCCGAGAUAGAGAAGCCAAAGGAUAAAAAGAAAAAGGUCAAAUUAACCAACAAUGAAGAUGGGGAUAUGGAACAAGAAGGGUCGCAGACUCAAAAGUCCGCUACGGAUUUGUUCUUGGGAGUAAUCUCAGAACUACAAGGGAAUUGGGGAUACCUUCUUACGGAAUCCUUUGCAUCACACACUAUCAGGGUUCUACUACUGAUAUUGGCCGGAGAACCUCUCGCUGAUCAAUCCAAUGCGAGGGUACUCGCUAGUCGAAAAAAGGAAAAUUUAGAUUCUAUAACAGUAGCUACUCAGUCAGAACAGUCUGUGCGUGAAAAUAGGGAGGUCCCUGUGGAAUUCAAUAAGACAUUGAAAAAGAUGAUAACAGAUCUGAGUGCCGGUUUGAAUUCCACUUACCUUCAGGCACUUGCAACCCACCCUGUUGGAAGCCCCGUUCUACAAGUUGUUCUAUCAAUAGAGCUUGGUCAUAUAGGAAAAGAGAAAAUUAAAGACACAAACUCUGUUUUCCGGAGGCUUAUACCAGAUGACACGCUUGAAACCAAAGAGGAGGGCGUGGACUUUUUAAAUGGCCUGUUUUACGACCCUGUUGGAUCCCGUCUACUGGAAACGAUUGUCCGAGUUGCACCGGGAAAGUUCUUCAAAACGUUCUACAAGCAAAUCGUUCGUGAAAGAAUUGGCUCUUUGGCACGAAAUGAAAUAGCAUCCUAUGUGGUCAUUAAAGUCCUGGAGAGAGUGAGCAAAGAAGAUCUUCAAUCUGCCAUAGAAAGCAUACUUCCUGAGAUACCCUCGCUGGUUCAGCGGUCUCGGCUUAACGUGAUCAAGACAUUGAUAGACCGAUCAACUGUUAGAGGAGCUGACACUACUUCCCUUGCAAAGGCACUGGAAUCCGCUUAUGGUGACGAUAGUGUGGUACGUCUUAGGACACUACUUCUUGGGGUUGACACUGAGAACCAGACCACCGAGGAUACCACGAAACCAAAGGCCAGCGCUUCCCCUCAACAUCUUCACGGAUCACUACUAGCACAAUCUAUGCUACAAGCACCUGGAGCCCUCACAUUGAUGAUACAAAGCGGCUUUAUCGCCGCACCGUCAGAGACGAUAAUGGAAAUUGCGAAGCACUCAACAGCAUCACGCGCUCUGCAGGAAGCCCUUAAAUGCUCCAAAUCAAACACUCAGUUCCGUCGACAAUUCCUGCCGCGCUUUUACGGACAGAUGAGCGAAUUGGCUUUAGAUAGCAGCGGUUCCCACGUCGCUGACGCCCUCUGGAACGCGACCACCGACCUGAUCUUUAUCAAACAAAGAUUGGCGCAGGAGCUAGAGAACAACGAAUCGGCUCUACGCGAUUCGUUCCUGGGGAGGGCAGUAUGGAGGAAUUGGUCUAUGGAUUUGUAUAAGCGGAAACGGGGCGAAUGGAUGUCCAGAGCAAAGGGGCAGGAUAGCACCAUGUCAGCGUCAACUGCCGAUUUGAGCGCCGCGCCGGCAAAGAGCAAGCUGGACUUAGCCAGGGCACGAUAUGCGGCUAGAGCCGAGCAGCAGGAGAAGCCAGACAGCAGGGAGCAAGGCUCUCGCGGCAAGAAGCAGACCAUGUCGGCGCCGAACGACCUUCUGAAAGCGCAGUAA